CACCGGCUGCCCGCCGCCGCCGCUCCUGCUCGCGCCGGCUCUGCACGAGAGCCUGCCCAGCACGGGAGCCUGCCCGCCGUCGCCUGCUUUGUGCUUCCCCAUGAAGAUGGGAGCGACCUCUUCCUAAUCGGGAGCUAUUUAAAAGGAGGGAGUGUGCCGUUUUUCCUACUAGCGUGGAGGAACGGGGGGAAGAUCCAUCCACACUCCCCCAAACCAGUAGGUUGGGACAGUUGGAAGUCUGCCGUUGUGCAACAUGCUGCGAGUAAGUCUCUCAUCCACCUUUUCGCUGGGAUUUCACCUGUUAGCCAUCAUGGCUGUCUUAUUUUCCUAUGUGGACCAUAUAAGCGCUGAGACAGAGAUGGAAGGAGAAGGCAAUGAAACUGGCGAGUGUACUGGCUCCUAUUACUGUAAGAAAGGGGUGAUUUUACCCAUUUGGGAGCCCCAAGACCCUUCCUUUGGGGACAAAAUUGCUAGAGCUACUGUGUAUUUUGUGGCCAUGGUCUACAUGUUUCUCGGAGUCUCUAUCAUUGCCGACCGGUUCAUGUCCUCUAUAGAAGUCAUCACAUCUCAAGAAAAAGAAAUAACCAUAAAAAAGCCCAAUGGAGAGACCACCAAGACAACUGUGAGGAUCUGGAAUGAGACGGUUUCCAACCUGACCUUGAUGGCCCUGGGAUCUUCCGCUCCAGAGAUUCUCCUCUCGGUCAUUGAAGUGUGUGGCCAUAACUUCACCGCAGGAGACCUGGGUCCUAGCACCAUUGUGGGAAGUGCUGCAUUCAAUAUGUUCAUCAUCAUCGCACUUUGUGUUUACGUGGUCCCAGAUGGAGAGACAAGGAAGAUUAAGCAUCUGCGUGUGUUCUUUGUGACGGCAGCCUGGAGCAUCUUUGCCUAUACCUGGCUUUACAUUAUUUUGUCUGUCAUCUCUCCUGGGGUCGUGGAGGUCUGGGAAGGUUUACUGACUUUCUUCUUCUUUCCCAUCUGUGUUGUGUUUGCUUGGGUGGCAGACAGGAGGCUUCUGUUUUACAAGUAUGUCUACAAGAGGUACCGGGCUGGCAAGCAGAGGGGAAUGAUUAUUGAACAUGAAGGAGACAGGCCAUCUUCCAAGACUGAAAUUGAAAUGGAUGGGAAAGUGGUCAAUUCCCAUGUUGACAAUUUCUUAGAUGGCGCUCUGGUUCUGGAGGUCGAUGAGAGGGACCAGGACGAUGAAGAGGCUAGGCGAGAAAUGGCUAGGAUUCUGAAGGAACUCAAGCAGAAGCAUCCAGAGAAAGAAAUAGAGCAAUUAAUAGAAUUAGCUAACUACCAAGUCCUGAGUCAGCAGCAAAAGAGUCGCGCAUUUUACCGCAUUCAAGCCACUCGUCUGAUGACGGGAGCUGGCAACAUUUUAAAGAGGCAUGCAGCCGACCAAGCAAGGAAGGCUGUCAGCAUGCAUGAGGUCAACACUGAAGUGGCUGAAAAUGACCCUGUCAGUAAGAUCUUCUUUGAACAAGGGACAUAUCAGUGUCUGGAGAACUGUGGGACUGUAGCCCUGACCAUUAUCCGCAGAGGCGGGGAUUUGACCAACACCGUGUUUGUGGACUUCAGAACCGAGGACGGUACAGCCAAUGCUGGGUCUGAUUAUGAAUUUACUGAAGGAACUGUGGUCUUUAAGCCUGGCGAGACCCAGAAGGAAAUCAGAGUUGGCAUCAUCGAUGAUGAUAUCUUUGAGGAGGAUGAAAAUUUCCUCGUGCAUCUCAGUAAUGUCAAAGUGUCUUCGGAAGCUUCAGAAGAUGGCAUCCUGGAAGCCAACCAUGUUUCUACCCUCGCUUGCCUCGGCUCUCCCUCCACAGCCACCGUGACUAUUUUUGAUGAUGACCACGCAGGCAUCUUUACUUUCGAGGAGCCCGUGACCCAUGUGAGUGAGAGCAUCGGCAUCAUGGAGGUGAAAGUGCUGAGAACAUCUGGAGCUCGAGGAAAUGUUAUUGUUCCCUAUAAAACCAUUGAAGGGACAGCCAGAGGUGGAGGAGAGGACUUUGAGGACACUUGUGGAGAGCUCGAAUUCCAGAACGAUGAAAUUGUCAAAACAAUAUCAGUCAAGGUAAUUGAUGAUGAGGAGUAUGAGAAAAACAAGACCUUCUUCCUUGAGAUUGGAGAGCCCCGCCUGGUGGAGAUGAGUGAGAAGAAAGCCCUGUUAUUGAAUGAGCUUGGUGGCUUCACAAUAACAGAGGAAUGUGACGACAAGCAGCCGCUGACCAGCAAGGAGGAAGAGGAGAGGCGCAUUGCAGAAAUGGGGCGCCCCAUUCUGGGAGAGCACACCAAGCUGGAAGUGAUCAUUGAAGAAUCCUAUGAAUUCAAGAGUACCGUGGACAAACUUAUUAAGAAGACAAACCUAGCCCUUGUGGUUGGGACAAACAGCUGGAGAGAGCAGUUUAUUGAAGCUAUCACCGUCAGCGCUGGGGAAGACGAUGACGAUGACGAGUGUGGGGAGGAGAAGCUGCCCUCCUGUUUCGAUUAUGUGAUGCACUUUCUGACUGUGUUCUGGAAGGUCCUCUUUGCCUUCGUGCCCCCUACAGAAUACUGGAAUGGCUGGGCAUGUUUCAUUGUCUCCAUCCUCAUGAUUGGCAUACUGACAGCUUUCAUUGGCGACCUGGCUUCCCACUUUGGCUGCACCAUUGGCCUGAAAGAUUCUGUGACUGCGGUGGUGUUCGUCGCACUUGGAACUUCAGUACCAGACACAUUUGCAAGCAAAGUGGCUGCUACCCAGGACCAGUAUGCAGACGCGUCCAUUGGUAACGUCACUGGCAGCAAUGCGGUGAAUGUCUUCCUGGGAAUUGGUGUGGCCUGGUCCAUCGCUGCCAUCUACCACGCGGCCAAUGGGGAACAGUUCAAAGUGUCCCCUGGCACGCUAGCUUUCUCUGUCACUCUCUUCACCAUUUUUGCUUUCAUCAAUGUGGGGGUGCUGCUGUAUCGGCGGAGGCCAGAAAUCGGAGGUGAGCUGGGUGGGCCCCGGACUGCCAAGCUCCUCACAUCCUGCCUCUUUGUGCUCCUGUGGCUCUUGUACAUUUUCUUCUCCUCCCUGGAGGCCUACUGCCACAUAAAAGGCUUCUAAAGGAACAAUCAGAUAUAGUAAAUUUAUAUAUAUAUGCAUAUAUAUACAUAAAAAAUUAUGUACAAUGAACAGAGAAAACUGACAUUUGUCAUGUUCACUUACCUGCUGAUGGAAUCCAGCUUCAAGAGCAUACUUACUAGGGCUGAAGUGAGAAACCAUCACCUCCCAUUCCCAGGGGCAUCGUCACAUUGAACAAGACAUGGAGGCAGGGCCAUCUCUGCAGCUCGGCCUAGAAGGGCUGUGUUCUCUCCAGGUUCAUAAAUCGUUAAGUCUUUGAUUUGUUUUCUGUUCUGGCUUGUUUUUGAUGGGGGUUGGGAGGUGGUUGAUGUUUGCCUUUUAUUUUGUUUUAUUUUUGUUUUGUUCUGUUGGGAAGAGCGGGGUUUUUGCUUCUCUAGUGAGAGGUGAUGACCAAUCUAAAUGCAGAUGGAUUUUCGGUAAAUAUUUAAGUCAUUAAGAUUACUCUCCUUCCCCCAAACACUUUUAAAAAGUUAUUUUGGAUUAAGAAAGGAUAUGGGCACAGAAGAAGAAAGAAGCAUGUCUUCACUAUGUUACUAAAUCCAAGCUUAUCUCUGGAACGUGAGCAGAGGUGAAGCUGUCUCCAAGAAGCAGCGUGGGAGCUGGAAUGGAGCCAGGAAAAUUGAUGGUUCUAGAUACCAUCUGAUAUUUAAAGAUAUGAUGCCUGGCACUCUUGUUCAACAGGUACAGGAAUAACGUGCCUGGAUUCCCAGGAACAUGCAAAAUCCUUCAUUUCUUAUCUCUUUAGCUCUGGAUUGUGAUCAGCAAGGCCCUUAUUCUGGUGUUCCAGCCCAGCUAACUCCCCCCGCCCCCCCUCCCCUCCCCUCUCCUCCUGCCCACUAGUCCUCAUGCAAACAGGAAGAAUCACCCCAUUGAAAAAGCAUAUCAUCUUUUUCCAUUUGCAUCAAUAUGUGUCCCAGUCCCACGUUGCCGUUGCCUGGGAUCAUCUAUUAGUUUUAUUUUCACAAGCAUCCAUGGCUUGCACAAUCCUGUUUCGGUCAUGACUGAACAUUUGCUCCUUCUUCAUGUGCCUGUUUGGGAAUGUUGUUGUGAUACCUGUUACACAGUGCAUGGAAGAAAACAAAUAAAACAAAACAAAGCGUUAUCUGUAUAUAGUAGAGUAUAGCAUAUACUGUUCUCCCAUUCAGCAAUGUUAAUUGGACAUUGAAGACCUAAGUGAGUUUUCUUUUCACCUGAGUUGUAACUUUUGUGUUAUUAUUGAGUUCAUGACUAGGGAUAAAAGGAGAAAAUGGCUUAUUGUUCGUGGAGCUGCACAUUUAUUUCUAAGAAGCAAUAACUGUCACAUGGGAAGUUAAAGCUAUUGAGAGGACAGCAGGCAAACUUCAAAGUAACUUACGGAAAAUUAGCCAUGUGGAACACACCAAAGGCCUCUAAAAAUCACCUGUUGAUUCAGGAAGGCCAAGGAGAAAGGUGUAGAGAAGUGGAUGCAUCAGACGUGCCUGGGCUUUGAGAGCCUCCAUUUUCACAACACCCUGCCCCUAAAGUAUUUAUUUUCACAUCUGCUCUGUCUGGCACAGAUGGUAGAUAGUGCUGGUUUGUUCAUUUUAUUUUUUUAUGUAAAAGGCUAUUUUGAGCCCUGUUUCUUCCACCAUCCAGACCCCUCUGAUUGUAUCUGCAAUCCCUGAGUAGGAAAGAAGCUAAGCUGACAAUGGGUCUUUAAAAGUGAGUCUGAGUCUUCUCUAUUUAUGACUAAGGGAUAAGCAAUUAAAUGAGAUGAGUGCCUCCCGGGAGGAUUGCACUGGGAGGUUUCUAACCUUGAAAAAGAAAUGGCUCUUUCUAUUUCAAAAUACCAAAGAGCGUGGAUAAACCCACAUUCCAGAGUAGGGAGUCCGCUAAUGAAGAAAAUGGAUGGACACUGGUCCCCUCUCAGAGACUAUGUAUAGAUUCCCAGGCUGGAGACACCCCUAGCCCUCUGUAUUGAUUCAAAGAUACUUAAGAAAUAAAAACUCUUAGUUAUUUUCUCUUCUUGCACUCAUCAGUCCUGAUCAUUCAUUAUUUAAUAAAUAUUUGGUGACUGGAUGAAUAAUUAAAUGCUAAUUACCCACUCAAUAUGCCAGGUACCACGCUACCUCCUGGGGACUAAACCAGGAGUGAAACAGCCCAGACCCCUGCCCUCAGGGGGCUCACAGUUAAUGUGAUUGCUCUUGCCGUGAGUAAAAAUCAGCCCAGCCACAUGGAAACAGAUUUAUCUUGCAAGGAAAAACACAAUUAUGAAACUUUAAAAAUAAACACACUGAAUCUGUGCAAACACAAUUGUUAAAAUAUCUAAGUUUUUUUUUUUUUAAUUAAGAGACUAUAAAGCAUAGGCUAGAAAUAGCAUCCCAGGUGUCCUUGGCCAAUAUUGCAGGUAGGUACAUCUCCUCAUCUUAAACCAAGAAAAGGCGAUACUGUUGGGAUUCCAUCUCACUGAGAAGGCCCAAUGAAUCCGUUUAUACCUUGGUUUGACAAUGAUACUUUUCUGCGCCCCACCACUCUACAAUCCUUCUUACAUCCUGGAGACUUACUCCUAACCUGUCAUGACCCCACACAUUGGUGGCCUGACUCCUCUGGGGACAUAUUCUAGCUCCGCUUUUUGAAGACUUACUAAAUGGAAAGCUAGCCUAGAAACACCAAGUAAAUACUGUCAAGGGGUAUGCAUUUAAACUUUAGAAAGUUUUUGCACUCAUUUUUAGCCAUAUAUGAAAUAUCAGUGACCCCAUACCAAAUUGUUACAGAGGAGUUUUGAAAAUUCUUGCCAUUGGUCAAUUUCAAUUUCAAAGCUUUUGGGUUUGUUUGCUUUUUAAGUUUUUAUGUGAUAGGGAAAAUAUGAUUCUGGUUGUUCAGGGUUUAUUAAUAAUUAUAGUUGUGUAAAAUUAUUUUAUUUUGUUUGAUUAUUUUAUUUUGUGUGUAUUGUGCACAGCUUUAGGGGGAAAUGCACUACUUGUGCUGUUCCUUAUACAUGGUACACAUUAUUGACACAGACAAAUAAAGUUUCUAAUGGUUUCUGACUUAAUCACUAGUGAUACAACAUAUUCUGUAUGGAAUGUUUUCUCUCUUCUCAUUGUCAUCUACUUCAUUUUUUGUUUUCAUGUUUUAAAGAAAUAAAAACCCAAAAGAUAUUAUUGUGCAAUUGGUAUCCUCAUCCAAAAGAAAGAAAAUAGCAUUCAGCUCUUGCAAAUGUCAACCCAUUGAUUAUUCAGUGUUUCCUUUUUAAUGUUCCAAGAGAGUCCAGUGUCAGAAUAUUACCUAUCUAAUAGUGUUGAGAUAAAUGUUGGGCAUUUUUCCAUUUUGUUAAUCGUUUUCUUACAUCAUAGUUCCACUUUAUCUACAUCUAUUCUGCAUCUAAGAAUAUGAACCCCAAAACAGUUACACAUCAUGUCACUUUUUAGCAUAUCUAUAUUAUAGCAUAAUAUAGAGUAUUACAUCAAAUCAAUCCCAAUACAAUUGAUCAUCAGUAAAAUUGUUGUCCUAGUUGUUUACUGUAUACAUGUAAAUGAUACUCUAUUCACCUGACCAUCUUUAAAACUCUUAG